AUGCCAGGACCAGUACACACAGCUAUACAGGAUAAGCUGCGCGGUGAGCUCCACCCGCAGAAACUGGAAGUGAGGAACGAUAGCAGCCUCCACGCUCACCACCACGCUAUGGUCGUUCAAGGCGGUGGCAAUGGCGAGACUCACUUCGCAGUGACCGCUAUAAGCGAGCGCUUUAAUGGAAUGUUGCAGAUACAAAGACAUAGACUAGUCAACAGACUCCUGACUGAGGAAUUUGAGAAAAUGGGUCUACACGCACUCAGUCUGCGUCUAUAUACACAACAAGAAGCUGAGAGGAUGCAGAAACAGUAA